AUGUCGGCCCCAGCACGCCCGAGUCACAACUGGAAGCGGCCGGUUGAGACCAAGGCCGAGGAUGAUCCCCUGGACCGCAUGAUCUCACGCACCGGCUGUGUGGCUUCCCACCACGCCAUGCAGGAGUGCAUGGCAGAGCACCAGGACUGGAGGCGCUGCCAGCCCCAGGUGCAGGCCUUCAGGGCCUGCAUGAACGCACACCAGCAGCGCCGGCACCAGGAGCUGCAGCAGCUGCAGGAGCAGCAGAAAGUUGCCCAGCCCGGCAGCUGAUGGAGAAGAGGCUGCAGCGUGGGACGUGCGUGUGGCCAGAGCAGCCGUGCAACUGGCCAGAGA